GUCGCAGCAAGCGCCCUCUAUCUCGCAAGCCGCUUGCUCAGCCUUGUCUGUGCAUCACCUUGUUCCCCCCAUAUUUGGGGUCUCUGACACGUUAUACCAGGCUUCUCACCCUCUGUUCUCUUUCUCUAAUCCUUACAAGACUCAAAUUCCCGACCUCUCCCCAUGUCUUUCAUGCGUUCAGGCAACAGUCGAGGUGGGUAUGCUCCACGACGAGGACGAGGUGGGUCGACUCGUCCGUUUGUCAAGCGCCAGGAGCCAGUGAAGCCUGAUCUCGACAAAUACCCAUUGGGAGAGCUCUUGCUCACACUCCGGCCUUCAGACUUGAUGCCGCCGACAACUGGACUGCCUUCUUCGCCUCACAUAAAUGAUUGCCAGUACGUCACUUCGUACAAUUGGCUAGCCAGCCAGGAUCGUACCAUACUGGUGCCAGGCCAACCUCCUAAGUGGACGCCUCCCAAGGUCGCUCAACGACUUCCUGAGGAUAGUGGCAGCUACUAUCGAGAUCCGAAUGCUGCAAGAUAUCCUGAGUAUCCCAUCGCACCUGCAGUGCAGGCUGUCAUGGAUGCUACCGAUGAUGCACCCAUAGACGCCGAUGUCUUUGCGUGUGGCAGCACGUUGGGCAAUCUUCUUCGUUUUACCCGCGGUAUGGAUCGAGCGUUCCGCUUCAACGUUGAGACCAUUGGCGAUACCGUAUUCCUUGUGCGUAAGGAGAAUGAUCCCAAAGAGCUCAUUGAGGGCGUUCGUGGCUUCGGACACACCUUCCCUGAAGCCUACACAACAUGGCCAAAGGAAGUCAAGGGCUCCGAGACUCACCAACGGAUCAUUCAGUACGAUCUGGGAGGUCUACAAUGUCUUGUACGUUUUGAAUGUGACGGGUUCCUCGACGACUCCCCUGCACCAAACAAACUCGCACCCUCCACAGCAAAACCCCCAACUGCCCCACCGUCCGAAGACAUCCUCUCCCAAGCCCUUUCCAGCACCACCGUAACCACCCCGCAAACCACCAGCAAGCAGCCCCUCACCAUCCUCCACACCGGCACCCCAAUCCCACAGUCCUCCAUCUUCGACCUCAAAACGCGCUCGGGCAGAUACAACAAGACCAUCAAUAUGGACGACAUCACCCCCCAACUCUGGCUCAAGCAAGUCCCCAACUUCAUCGUCGCCUACCACGACGGCGCAGGCCUCUUCCAACCGCCCCAGAUCACCGACACACGGCCCCUCAUCUCAGCCUUCGAAACGGCAAACGCAGAGCCCAUACGCCGCCUCAUCGCCCUGCUGACGAAGAUCAUCGACGUCGCGCGCGCGGACGACACGCGCGGUCUCGAAGUCUACUGUCCCGGCGCCAAUGCGCUGGAGAUCCGGCGGCAGUUCGGGGACGGCGUGCGCGCGCUGCCGGCGGCGCUGCAUGCGCAGUGGGUUGCGAGGUGCGAUGGCGGCGGAUUGGCGUUGGAUGGGGGGGACUCGGGACAUGGGGCGUCGCCGAGGGGGAUGGGAGGUAAGUGGAGUGCUUCGUCUGAUGGGGAGGAUGAUGAGUUGGAUUUCACGGCGUGUUCGGCGGAGGACUGUGGGUAUUGUGGGCGUUGCACGUACUGAUAUGGUGUUACACUACGAGGCUGUUGUGUGCUUGGGUUGAUCGAGCUGGAUAGUUCACUCUGUCAGAUAAAUCAAGUAUACUCCUGAAAAAUGGUGCUCGAUUGCUUG